AUGAAUAAUAUGCAAGUCUAUCUCGGUGUGUGGACCAACUGGUCCCGAGGAGCCGUGAUGGGAGCUACUCUUACCACAACUCGAGAAUACGGGAAUCUCCUGAUUGCGUUUACCGCCUUUUUCAUUCCCUUUGUUGCCACACGUUUCUGGAGAAUCUGUUGUUUCUUUCUGCACCGAAUUCAUUCUACGCCAGAGCCCAAGGGCGCGAUUCAUCAUCAGCGACAAGUGCUCUUGCGCAAUGCCGCCUCCAUGGAAUCAGCCUUGGUUACGCUGUUCUCCCUCGUCAAGAGCUGGCAUGCUCGAAAGCAUGCCAAACUGAGCACACUUCUGCCAUUAUUCGGUUUCACCAUAUUCAUCGUCGCUGCAUUUACUGUGGCCGGUGGAUUUUCUUCUCGAAUCUCGAGUGGCAUAAGUGAUGAGGUCUUGAUUGAUGGCAAUAAUUGUGGCAUAGUCAGCAUGUCUGUGGGAUCAGGCUUGGACAGCUUUGAGGCCUUCGUCCAAUACGUUUCGAGGGCAUAUACAGACGCCGCAAACUACGUCCAGCAGUGUUACUCAGAAGAGAGCAGUGGUGUACUCGAUUGCGACAGGUUUGUUGUCAAACAGUUGAAAACGGAAACCAUACAAACCAACAGGAGCUGCCCGUUCCGCGGAGAUAUUUGUCGAAGCAACAACACAAAUAUUCGACUUGAUACUGGCUAUAUAGAUAGCCAUGAUCAUUUAGGGCUCAACACACCACCGAAUGAAAGAAUAGCAUACCGUUAUGUACUCGAGUGUGCUCCACUCAAGACAGAAGGAUACGUUAGUCAUGUCGUCCUAGUCAACGUUACCUGGGCUCAGUAUCAUUAUGGAACCAAAAACUAUGGAGGCACGGAUAACCGAACGUCCUUGAAUUACACUCAUCAAGUCCAAGAUCUGAGCUACCAAUAUCCCAAGGACUAUAUAGGUCAGAUUACGGGGGAUUUGCUCCUCAGUAGUGUAUAUUCCACAGUCGAAAAUGGGAAGGUCAGCUCAGAGCGAUCAGCAUUUCUGCCGAUUCCCGCACUUGUUCGAACCGAUGGUGACGUAUCAAUCAUCUUUCUAUCAGGGAAUGGAGUAUACUUUUUAGAUCCCUUGGAUGAUGACUGGUACAGAGCGACGGUCCAAGAAAGGAGCAUGACUUCAAGCGCAAACAGUGGAUCGCGCCCCUUAUAUCGUCCCGUGGACGCCGCAUCACCGCUAGGGUGUGUUGAGCAGUGGCAGUGGUGCAAUUCAAACUACAAGGACGGGGGUGGUUGCGGACCUUUGACCUCAGCACUGGAUGCGUUGAAUGGUGCUUCUCACUUAUUCAAGGUACCAGAUGUAUGGCAAGGUGCUGAGCGACCGUUUUCGAAUACCUCGACUGGAUCCCACUUCAUUUGGACAGCUUUGAUCGGAUGGUUCGGAGAUGAGGCUCUGGAUUGGGCUGUCAAAGAGCUAAAAUCUGCUGCUUUGGCAUCUCGUUCAUCAUCUUUCAGCGGCGUCCAAUAUGGUUUACCCAACAACCAAUGGCACCUGGAUGUCCAAGGGUGGUGGAAUACGAUCCUGGCAAAGACGCAAGGAAACAUGAUCAACGCUGCUAUUGGACAUAUUGAUCCAAUUCUGAGAAAUUCAUCAUAUGUUCCCACCAAUCAGUAUGAAAAAAACCUCUGUUACAACCAGAAGGUUCGAAGCACCGGCUAUACAUCAUUCAGCCUAUUUGGCCUUUACUUCACAUAUAUCACCGGCGGUCUCAUUGUUCUUGUAUCACUCAUCCUGGAGCCUAUCUUCGAUUGUCUCCAUAGUAGGUCCAAGUACAAGCAAUACAAACACCUUGAAUGGACGACAAAUGAGACUUUACAGCUUCACCGUCUGGCUCAUGAAGGAGCAGGAUCACAGCAGUGGUCAGGAUGUACGGAAUCCGCCCCCACGACCGCGCCCGAAGCGAGCUUGGCCAGUUUGAACAUAGAAGAUCUCGCCCAUCCAGUCCUCGCCCGGACGACCAAAGUCGAGCAGGAAGUGGUUCAAGUAACUAUAGGCAGUUUAGACAUUGAUCUGGGGGCCAAAUUCCAACUAGAUAUGUCCGAUGGAAAGACCGCGGUCUAUGUCAAAGAAGGAAGCGAAGAAUCGGCAGACGACGAUCUGACCGAUAACUUUGGCCAAUACUCUUCAACCGACACCAUUGGAUAUUACGAUUCACAAGACUCUUUGCAUCCGAUCCUCCCGACAGCACACAGCGUUCUCAGUGAUCAUGCCGCAAAUUACGGGACCCGAGUCAGUCCCAAUCUGCCCUGGAUCUCACCGACUGGGUAUAGAGAGGAGCGCUUCAGGCAAUAG